GACAAAAUAAAAAUGUGAAAUGUGCAAUUUAUUUUGUUUACAAACAUCUUUUUUUCAAAAAUAACCGGGUACUCAAAUAACUCAAAUAAUCUGUUAGGACGCUGCACGUUCCUGCGUGGGUUGCAUUAUUCUACAUAUAAGUCUUCAUCAUACAAUCUAAACGAUGGGUCGACGUUCCAUUAACACCACUAAAAGUGGGAAAUACAUGAAUCCCACAGACCAAGCUAGGAAGGAAGCAAGAAAAAGAGAAUUGAAAAAGAACAAAAAACAGCGAAUGAUGGUGCGUACAGCAGUGCUGAAGGGAAAGGAUCCACUCAAAUUGCUGGAAGAAAUGGAGUUCAUCGACCAAAUGGAGUUCAAUCCAAUGGAGGCACCAAAAUUGAAUGAAAAAGUUCUGAAAGACAAGAGAAAAAAGCUGCAUGAGACAUUUAUGAGAGUCUUCAGACUUUAUGAAAAAGAGAAUCCAGACUACGCUAAAGAAUUGUUCAAAGCAAACACAGAUUAUGAAAAGAAGCGAGAAAGAUUGCAAGUUCAUUAUGAGCAAGUGAAGGUUGCGGAGAGAGUACAGCUGAAUGAGAUACCACUUCCAGACAUGCCUGCUGAAUCAGAACAACUGUCGGCAUUCCCAAUACCAGGUGAUAUCCCACUACCUCAGAAGGGUAUACUCAAAAAGAUCUCUGCCUACAGUGAUUCGCUGUUGGUGUCCCCGGUGCUUCAGAAGAAGAAGAAAGCCCCUGGCCCCCCACCGGGACCCCCGCCAGACCUCAGUGAUAGCGAGCCCGAGGAGGAUGUGUACAACCCAGCAGACGGUGUUCAUGACCUGCUUGGCACCGUGCCAACAGACGAGCCUCCAGACGUUGAGGAAGGUAUGGAGGUUUCCCAAUCAGCUGAAAAACGCAAGAAGAUCCGUUUCAUUGAUGACGACUCAAUCGAUCCAGCGGAAGAUGAAAAGGACACACGGGUGCGCUUCAAGCCGCAGAAGCCGAAGGUGACCUCGCUGCAGAAGAAGAUGCUGCAGAUGGCGGGCCAGCAGGUGCCCGAGGAGGUCGGUGACGAAGACAAGGACUCAAGUUCCUCAUCAAGUUCGGACUCUGAUGACGAUGACGAUAGUGAGUUCAGACGUAUGCGGGAACGGAGUAGGAAGAAUAUUGAUAGGGACAGCGACUCUAGCAGCGAGAGUGAAGAGGAGGAGACAUUUGCCUCCCACCGUGAUAAUGAUGACGAUGAUGAUGUCGAUGAGGAGGACAGGAACGAACAGGAAGUGGUACCCCCAACCAGGGUCCAGCCUCCCCCCUCGGCGCCCCCCAAGAUCCCCUCUCUGCUCAAGCUCCCCAUCCCUCCUGGGCCACCCCCAGGGGCGCCUAGCGGACUCCCUCCUGGAAUGCCACCGGGCCCCCCUCCAGGUGUACCUCCAAUGAUGAUGAGGCCGCCUCCCCUCGGUGGCCCUCCUCGCGCUCCCCCUGGGGCCCCUCCCAGAAUGAUGAGGCCAGGACCACCACUGGGGCGCCCCCAGGGUAUGCCCCCUGGCCCCCCUCCGGGCCUGCCACCCAAUAUCCGAAUGCCCCCGAGGUUACCCCCUCCCGGAGGACCUCCUGCUAUCCCUCCUCCAAGGAUCAUGCGGCCUCCCACUGGACCCCCGACCAUGCCAGCCUCCCUGCCACCACCCCCGGGCAUCCCCCUGCCACCCUCCCAGGCUAACCCCAAUGUGCUCAGUGCUCCACCCAGUAUCAUGAAACUGCCACAAAAGAUCCCUGGGGAGCAAAAGAAAGACUCAGCAACUAUCUCAGCAAAACCUCAGAUCAAAAAUCCAGUCGGGGACGUUACAAGGUUCAUGCCCACGUCUCUCAAGGUCAAGAGGUCCGCAAAGGACACCAAGGUUAAAAAAGCAGGCAAAGAAGAGGAGCUCCUUGCAGUGGCCCCUAAACCAGCCCCUGCUGCCCAGCAACCAGGACGGAAGAAGGAUGAUGCUUAUGACCAGUUCAUGCGAGAAAUGGAAAACCUAUUGUAGCACUAGAUUGUGGAUGCGGUGGAGAUCCAUAGCCAUAUUAUUAGAUUUGAGGUGGUGCAUACCAUUUACCCAGCUAUCAAGACGUCACCAUGGUCAUUGCAGUACUGUAGAAAUAAAAGAGGAAGAGUCCAGAAUUUCCUGGGACCAGUUAUUUAAUUAUAUUAAUUUUGUCUCCGACCCCUCAUUUUAAAUUAUACGCUUACUGUUGUGGUUAUUGGGAAUUUAUCUUUAACUAUCAAUUUUGUUUAUUUUCUCUUAAAUAUUUUCAACAAUUUAAAAAAAAAUAAUGAUUUGUGAAAAAUAAAGACACAAGCUGAAAAUCAACUGUCAUAUGUUUUAAUAAAAGCACGCAUGUUUAUUGUUGCUUGAAAAAGCUUGAAGAAAAAAUAUUGAUGAUAUUAUUACUUUUGAUUCUGUUAGGUACAGAAGUGUGGUAAAUAACUCUGCAACAGUAUUAUCGUCUGUUCAAUGGAAUUUUGCCCACAGAAUUUGGACUUAGUGAGCGCAAUAAAAUAGCAGAUAACUUUUUUUCAUUUUAUUUUGGAUAAAAUGAGGGCGACCUUAUGUAGAGUAAAGUUAUUGGGUACAUAUUUGUUGAACAUUUAUGCCAAAUGCAGUCAGCUGAACAGAUGCUGCCAUUUGGUAAUAUUAACUGUUUUACCCCUUCCCUCUCGGUAGCAAAGUGGAAAUUGCUAUGUGCAAACAGCAUAAAACCAGAACAGCCUGGGGGUAACUCGGAUUUGAAACCUUUAAAACUUGAAUCUAGUAGGAAAGAUCUUUAAUUAAAUUUAACUUUCUAAGGCACUACAAAUGCGUCAAAACAUGAAUCUAAGUGGUAAAGGGUUAAAGACACGUUACAUUAGUCUCUGUCAUAAAAUAUGUAGGUUGAACAAAUAUGAUUAGAAAAAGCAACAACUAUGCUUAAAAGGUCAAGUCCAAUAAACAAUUAUUUCUUCAAUUUACAAAUUUAAGUGACGGCAAAUCUGACAAACAUCUCAUAAAUUGUUAUUGUCUAUUUUGUAAGGGACGAUAAUAAUAUGCAGUAAAGUAUAGCUAUUAUUAUUUAGUUACCCCCUACUGCAUGAUCAUUUUAAAUGGAAAUCAGUUACAAAUCAAUUAUUAAUAAUUGAAAUUAUAGUGUGGAACAUUACAAAUUUUCACCAAAAACAUUGCCUUUGGUGUAGAGUUUUGCUCUUUUUGUCUAUUAGAGAACUCUUCAUUUACUUGUACGAAUGGCAAUAGUUAUUUAAAAUAGAGAAAGGAAUAGGACAUUUCUCUCAUUUGCAGAUGUACCUAAUCUCUAUUCUUGUAUUAUUUGAUUGCCGGUGUCAUUGUAUUAUAUUCAUUGCAUACCAAAAGACUGUAAAAUAAAAUCAUUGAUUUUAUCUUCAAUGGGCAAUAUCAUUCUUUUUGUUGUUCAUAAUGCAUUAAACAUUGUAUAGAAUAUGAACAGAAUAAAAGCAUUUGAAUACA